CGACGCGCUCAUUCCUCCACGGAUCCGACUUCCGAACGACCGUCCACGGGGAGAGAGAGCACCGCCGAGGUUGUAGAUUCCUUCCGUUUGCGGCACUAUCUCCGGCUAAGUCAUGAAGUACUCUUGGCUGAUUCUGGCGUCGAGCGUCGUGCUGGUGCUACUCGACGUCGUGCCGAUUAGUGAUUGUUCGCCGUACGUCGACGAUGAGGAAAGCUAUCAACCGAGCGAAGACGAUUACACCGACAACGCUAUCGAUCGUCUGCUCCAAUCUGCUCAGAAACGUUCGUUAAUUUACCUUUUCAGACGAGCCUGUAUCAGACGGGGCGGAAACUGCGACCACAGGCCCAACGACUGUUGCUACAACAGCUCCUGCAGGUGCAACCUGUGGGGCUCCAACUGCAGAUGCCAGCGCAUGGGCCUCUUCCAGAAAUGGGGUUAAUCAGACCCGUUCAGGAACCGACCCAUACGACACCCGUGAGACAAUAACAGGAUUCACCGUUAACCAUAUUAGUUGCAGUAAAUAGAGUCAAUUCAAUUUAGUGUUGAUCAUAUCAAAUUGGAGGUCAUAUUAGUUUGAGGCGUCAAUUAGAAAGCUUGUUUGAACUAAUUGGUACUAUUUAAUCGUACGAUGUAAGUAAAUUUGUUUUGUUAAAUUAAUUGAUUUAAUUGAUCAAUUUCUACGUUUUUGAUAAAUGGAUAAUUAGGGGUUUUUGAAUAAACAUAUCGGUAAAAAUCCUGUUAUUAUUUCAUCAGGAUCAUUUUUCUAAAGAUAAGGAUCAAGGACUUCGAAUCCUUCACCACCGGCUUUGUGUGCAGUUAACCGUUUGAUUUCCUUUAGUCGAAAAAAACUGUUUUUUCUUUUCAAAGGAAAAAAAAUAAACGAAGUUCGGUGGUGAUUUUUCGAAAUUUUUGAUCCAGACCGGCGCGCGAAUUUGGUCAAACGACUGUUAAUAUUUCUGUUGUUUUAAUGAUGUUAAUAUCCUCUAAACUGAAAGGACCUGAGUUACGAAAAAUUGGAAAACUUAUUUAAUCUAAUUAAGUUAAUUAAAUUAGGAGUUAAAGCGUUCAUUUCGAGCUGUCACCUCGACGGGAACGAAGUGAAGUUCAUCGGACGUUUGCCGAAGUUCGAACGGAAGCGCCUCGAUGAAUUUCUUCGAUUUAUUUGUUCUGUAAAUCAGCCCGUUUUUUUCUUGGAUUUAAUCAACAGGUUAAUUAAAUCGGCUGCGCACCCACCGAGGGUUUAUCCAGCCACAUCUUCGGUAGGUCUGCAUGCCCGAUUCGACGAAACGCUUUCGUUAAUUAUAUAUGACUAAUUAAAUGUGUAAUUAUGUAAUUUAUGUAUAGAUGUGAUAAUUAUGAUGUCAUUAAAAAUAGCGUUAAAACGAUUAUUUAUGAUAUUUAUAUAAAUGUGUGUAAGAUGGGUACAACAUUCACGAUUCACAAAUUCUGUCAAUAUUAAAUAUAUUAAUUGGC